UAAUUUAUUUUCCAUUUAUUCUUGUCAUCCGAUUCUCAUAUCGACAGCAAUAACAGCGACAAAACGGAUGAAAGGAUCCAAAGAUGAAGAGGAGGACGAGAGAAGUGAUUCUCCGCCUCCGCUCUCCACUCUCACAUUAAAAGCGCCCCAAAAGUCAUUUUUGGGAUUACAAUUGACGCCUACGUUGACCACAUCUCCGGCCACACCGUCGAGAGAGCAGUCGAAAGAGAGAAGUCAGUCCAUUAAAUCGCCGCUCAAAAGUCCCAAAAGCCCGACAGAGAGCAUAACAAAGCCGAGUCCAUUACGUUCGCCGCCAAAGUUGGCCACACUAUCUAAACCGACCACACAAUCAGCCCUCGCGACCGCUUUCGCCCGCAAUCGUAACGCCAGACACAGCAUUGAUGUGAGAGCUCUGCCCUCCUAUUUGGCCAAAACAGGACGACGUCAGUCAACUUUCGGUCAAUUCCUCACAGGUUUGUAACUUCUAAUGAAUGUUUGUGUUUUGGGUUUUGUUUUUUGGGUUUUGUUUUUUUGGUCUCUUAUCUAAUUUAUUUAUUCACCACUUUUUGGC